GCGCAUGCGCAGGAAGUACUUUCGCUUCCAUCUUGACGCCGCAUUGUUAUUGUUUGACGCACUUUUUCGAUUGCUACACUCGUUUAAAAUAAUGUCCUUUACAAAAGAUUUCUCCACAUUCACAUAAAGUUAAAAUGAUAUCCUUUUAUAAGGGAACUGUCUAUACAGAACUGAUAUAUGCUUCUUUUCAUAGAUCUGUGCUUGGAUUUACUGUCCGGAAUAUAUGCAUGAAAGAAUUUUGCAUUCCGACCAAACUGGGACAACAUUUUAAAUGAUUUUUGCAGCAUCUUAAAAUACUGUUUGCAGUCGAUGAAAAUAUAACAAUAGAAAUAUUUAUUAGGUAUAAAAUGCAAAUCAGAAAAUUAUAAUGUGGUGAGUAACGAAAAAUAAUGGAAAGUGGAUUAUGUGACAUGAAAUGUAUAACGCAACCUAAAAUGAUUGAUAUUGCCGAAGAGAUGAUAUUGAAACGGAAAGAAAAGUCCUCGUACCAUUGUGAUAUAUGUGAUAAAUCAUUCACUCAAAAAGGUAAUUUUUCCAUUCACCUGCGUAUUCAUACAGGGGAAAAACCUUUUCAUUGUGAUGUCUGUGGCAAAGCGUUCUCUACCCAAAAUUACUUAACUACCCACAUACGUAUUCAUACGGGAGAAAAACCAUUUCAUUGUGAUGCCUGUGAUAAAUCAUUCGCUAGAAGUAGUAUAUUAAUUAGUCACAAACGUAUUCAUACAGGCGAUAAACCAUAUCACUGCGAUAUCUGUGGUAAGUCGUUCUCAGCAGGCAGGAACUUAGCUGGACACAAACGCAUUCAUACAGGAGAGAAGCCACAUCAAUGUGAUAUCUGUGGUAAAUCAUUCCUUCAAAGAUCUCACUUAACUUCUCAUGAACGUAUUCAUACGGGAGAGAAGCCAUAUCACUGUGAAAUCUGUGGUAAAGCUUUCACUGAAAAUUGUCACUUAACCAAUCACAAACGUGUCCACACUGGAGAGAGACCAUAUCGUUGUCGGGUCUGUGGGAAAUCGUUUUCUCAAACAAGUUAUUUGAAUGAACACAACAAACGGCUUCAUUCUGGAGAGAAGCACAUUCGUACACAAGAGAAACCACAUCACUGUGAUUUCUGUGGUAAGUCGUUCUCUGAAGCCAGUUACUUAAUGUCACACAAACGUAUUCAUACAGGAGAAAAGCCAUACCACUGUAAUAUCUGCGGCAAAGCAUUUUCUGAAAGAAGUCACUUAAUCAAUCACAAACGCAUUCACACAGGAGAGAAACCAUAUCAUUGUGAUGUCUGUGACAAGUCAUUUUCUCAAAGAGGUCAUUUAAACAUUCACAAACGCACUCAUACUGGAGAGAAACCAUAUAGUUGUGACACAUGUGGUAAAUCGUUCUCUCAGAAUAUUCACUUAACCAUUCACAAAUAUAUUCAUACA